CACCGAUGAGGGAGCACGCGUCGCGCUCUCCGGCCGACACGACGAACGCGCGCUCGCGAGUGUCUAGCACUACUGCCGAGUUUAUUUGAGAACUUUGUUUUAUUUUAAUUAGUGGCUUGUGAACAUGAGGUGUUUAGUGGUGUUGUUGUUGUUGGCGGGCUGUGCGAGCCUGUCGGCCUCCGCCGGCGUGCCCUGCGUCCUGUCCAUGGAGUUCUUCGGCAGGCACAACGUAACAGCUGAUGAUAAAGAUGUACCAGGUCAAAUAUGCGGCGGACAGUGUUGCGGCAGGGGACGCGAGUUGCAGGUGCAAGCCGCACUGCGGCGAGCUGCCGAGGUCAGCACCACUGGGCCUAUACAGAGGACUGGGAAUCUACUGCUCAGCACCAAACGGUCUUUACAAGAUCACCUCACGGGAUUAUCGCAUCUGUCACAGAACAAGACAGCUACUCUGUUCACGCAGCUGUACCGGGGUCAUGCGAUGCGGACGGUCAAACCUUUAGCGAACCUUUACGACGACAUCCGACUUAUUUUACGGUCCGAAGGGGAUCUUACGAGCGAAGGUCUCAGUGCUGGCCCACCGAAGGACUUGUCCGUUACCACGAAGAAGUUCUUUAGAGAGUUGUUCCCUGUCGCCUACCACAAUGUCCUCAAGCUGGAUGCGAAGCAGUUCACGCCUGAGUAUGAAAUAUGUCUCAAGGACGCGUAUGACGCAGUCCAACCAUUUGGAGAUGUGCCACAACAGCUUGGUACAUCGCUAUCUCGGUCGCUGGAGGCGGCCCGGGCGUUGCUGCAAAUGCUAGCAGUGGGGGCUGAUACUCUGUCGGCAGCUGAGCGCGUGCUGGCCAGCGGAGCUGACAACUGCGCUGAAAGACUGCUGAGGACCGGUGGCUGCUCGCGCUGCCACGGCCAUGAAGCAAGACCUUGCAGAAACUACUGUCUUAAUGUUGCCCGAGGGUGCAUCGGUUCUCUGCUGUCGGAGCUGGACGGCCCCUGGGCAGGCUACGUGGAAGGCGUGGAGAGGCUUACCAAGGUAGAUGCUGACGUCGCCCUCAGGGAACUGGAGACGAAGGUCUCGAGGGCCAUCAUGUACGCGCUAGAGAACAGGGCUGUCUCAGAAAAUAAGGUCCGACAAGAAUGUGGUCCCCCAGCCACAAUGGAAAAGCCUGGAACAUCUUCAGCACUGCCCACAGCCGGUCCGAUCCGUCGCGACAACCUCCGAGCUCCACCACCAGACACCGAACUCCUGCAGUUCGCUGCUACCCUGGCGUCCACGAAGAAACUGUUCGCAGGACUUUCCGACAGGAUUUGUGAUGAACCAGAUUUUGCUGCUGAGGAUAGUGAGAAAUGUUGGAACGGGAACGAUGUUGCCGAUUACACGAAGCCAGUGGUAGCGUCUGCCUCACUGAGUGACCAGAAAUACAACCCGGAGAUCAGCGGCAGCCCACCACAGGACUCAAGAGUCGCCAACUUAGGAGACAGACUCCAGCAAGCUAGACAAUUGCUAGUGUCGUACUCUCGCAGUAAGGAGCUCUCUGCGGAGGCGUUUAUGCAGGGAGACGAAGCAGGAGAGGAAGGGUCAGGGUCUGGCCGCAGCUAUCCUGACGACUACGACUCUGAAGGAUCGGGAGAAGACGGUUCCGGAGAAAAUGACGGACAAAGCAGACCGGCUCUUAACGAGUCACCUCCUGAUUCUCCGACACCGAAGGUCUUCAACGGCGCAAGCCCUCGACACCACGCGUCCAUAUUAGUACCAGUACUGGGCGCACUGGUCGCAACCAUCGCACGACUCACCUAAGCCUCGCCGCAGCGCACGUAAGAAUAACCAUAUCAUAUUGUGUGACGUCAUGAGUGAUCGUGACUGCCACGCACGCACGGAGCUCACGCUCUCGUGCUGUCUCGCUCACACCUCAGGGCGAGCCCGCUGUGCGAGUGUGCGAGGAACAUAGUGUAGUGACGCAAUAAAAGACACGUGAGUGAUGCGUAGUGCGAGCGUUUGUUGUAGCUAGUCCUGAACUACAGUAGUGCCCGAUGCCGAAAUCCCGCGUAUUUACAAAGAUGCACGCGACAUCUCGACAUCAAGAUAUUUUAACGUUUGUAAAUGUACAGUGCAUAUCCCAGUUAAUGUACAGUGCAUAUCGAUGUUGUCUUCAUUUUGUAAAUAUUUUUUUGAACAUUCUUCUUAGACUUAGGUGGAAAUAUACAUUGUAAUGGAAGCUUUACUAUACUUCUGCAUUUAAAAGUUUCGACGUGAAAUUGUCAAAUUUAUUGUCAUAAUAAUAAUAAUAAAUUAUUUGAAAAGUCUUUAAUCGUUGUUGAACACUAGCUGAU